AUGAUUUCGGAUGACGACGCGGACGACGCGCGGUCGACGCGCGGGACGGCGGCGAGCGCGAGCGCGAGGGCGCGGGCGACGGCGGCGAUCGAUGACGACGGGCGCGAGGAGGGCGCGCGCGCGGUGAAGGCGUCGAGGGGACGGCGCGGGUGGUGGUGGACGUCGAGACGGUUCGGGACGGAUAUCGCGGGCGGCGGCGAGCCGAGCGCGAGCGCGGUGGUGGACAUCGUGCCUAGAGACGACGGGGGGGAGACGCGGUCGCGGAUCGCGCGAGAGAUCGAGACGUCGCUGACGCAGUACGUGGAAGACGCGCGAACGAUGGAGAUGGGGUGGGAGAAGAAGUCGCGGAGGAGGACGACGACGUCGAAAACGGUGCGGGAGCUGUGCGCCGAGGCGAGCGCGAGGACGAAACGGGUGCGAGCGACGACGAUUAGAGGCGCGAAAGUGACACACAUGGUGUUGAAUGCGUACGCGAGGCGCGCGUUCCGUUUGGGUGCGGCCGUGGUGGUGGAGUUGACGAAGGAGGAUUCAAGACGGAACGCUACGGAGGCGGCGACGAGGGGGGCGUCGUUGGCGAGAAACGCUCUUCGCGGAGUACACGUGCAGUUUCCACCUCUCGUGGGGGUGACCGUAGAAGCCCACCAUGUGAUUUCUGUGCUCUCGCGCAUCGCGCGCGUGGUGGGUAGACCUUUUGGUGUUCUCAAGCCCAAACGACGUCGCUCGUUCGCGCGUCGAACGCCUGCGCAAGCCGACGUCGAAAUCAUCGGAGACGCGGAUGUGGAAAUCGCGUCAGCGUCAGAGACUCCGAUUCGCAUGCAAGAGUUGAUGCACCUUUUCGACGGCGCGAACGGCAUUCGGCCAGACGAGUUCACGGAGCUUUUGUCGCCUCAGUCGAUCGCGACGAAUGUCGACGGCGAAGAUGUGUUGCGCGUCUUUGCACCCGAUUCAACGCUUCUGACGCCACAGACGGUGGACAUAUCGCCCGUCGCCGCGAUAGACUUCUCACACGAGAUGUCGUACAUCAGUGACGGCGGCGGUAGGAAUGAUAAUGUCUCACCGCAGCCGCAAAGCCGUAGCAAAUCUGCGCACGACAUCGCGAUGUCUCCAGAUCCGGAGGCAAAAGCGUUCGUUCGACGCAUCGAGGACGAUUUAGAACGCCUCGCGAGCGAUUCUGAGGAAGGCGCGAGUUUGAGAAUACUCAGCGUGGACGAUGUGCGGUUCGGUUCUCGAGUGCUGCGCGAGUGGUUUCUCGCGUGUCGCAACAACGCUUGGGCAAUGAACGACGUGGAUAAUCGAGCGCGAGAAAUGACAGAAAGCCUUGCGCACGCGGUGCUUUCGCCGAAAGUAAAACUCGCUAGACGCGUUUUUGCGCUCGAUAGUGAAUCUGACGAGUUCGAAGAGCUCUUGGAGGAAGCUCUCACGCAGUCGUUCGCCGAUUUAUCCGACGAAAUUGGCGAACAGCCGCCCGAGUUCGCGGCGUCUGUUGCCGCAGCAGGCAGCGAAGAUGUCGCCGUGGCGUCCGAGUUGAAACCGAAUGAUGUCAUUCAGAACGAAUCUAAUAUAUUGGACGACGCAGACGUCACGGGUGUCGCAUUAGAUCAAGAGCCAGUCGUAAUUACGAAAGACAUCGUCGAGGUGUAUGAAGCGCCCGCCGUAGAAGUUGUCGUCGCGGACGAGCGAUACGCCGAUCAGAUCCGUCGGCUCAGCGAAGAAGUGGAACGCAUGAAGACUGAACAGGCUUCGAUGGUGAAGAUGACCGAACAACGAGACGCGGAGUUGCGGCAAUCGCUUGAACUUGAACGCGCCCAGCUGCUGGUUGAGGCGAAGAAGAUUGAUCCGCCGACACAGUCGUUGCAAGUACAAGAACUAGCUCAGCUAAAGGAAGAGUUAGAGCGUGUCAAGGCCGAGCAGAUAGCACUGAAGGAUAGAUCCGAGCGCAGAGAGCGCGAGCUGAAAAAGACUUUCGCUAUCGAGCGCGCCAAGUUGGAGGGAAGUCUAAGGGAGUCUUUCGCGGCGGAGCGAAUAGAGCUCGAAGAAGAGUUAGCCAAGUCCAUUUCUUUAGAACGAGGUGGGUUAGAGGAACAAGUGCACAAAGGUGAUGAGUACCUUGAUAGUGAGAUCCAGCGUUUACACGAAGAUCUGAAUCAGAUGAGGUCCGACCAGGAAAAAGUACUCAUGAUUGCCGCUGCACGCGAAAGUGAGCCAAGCAACGUGACAACGCCCGGUUCUCCUCUCUUUGCGCUCGACGCCGAGGCCGAUGUUUCUAUGGAAUGGGAUUUAUAUCAGCUUAAAGAAGAGCUCGACCGCGUCAAAACUGAGCAGUUGACAGCGUUGACGCUGACAGAAAGUCGUGAGGACGAGUUGAGAAAGUCACUCGCGUUGGAUAAGAAAUCGGUUGAGGAUGCCAUACGACGCGAGGUGCUGCGCGCCACUGGUCAAAUUGAGAUGCAAAGUGUGAAUGCUAGUCACCACUUUGAGCACAAGGCUACGCACCUCACACGAUUGCUCAACGAUGCCGAAACGCUCAUGAAGUCGACCGAGGAUAGGCUCAAGCUUCGUGAGCGCGAGUUGUUGAGUAAUGCGGAAGGAAUGAUGACUCAAGCCGAAAAUCGUCUCAGGCGCCGAGAGCAAGAGCUGCUAGCGCUCGCAUCAACACCUCCAAGCGUGUCGCCGUUCAGAGCAGUCGACCCUUCGACACCUGCUGCGAACGCAACGGUCAGCGUCUCAGCGCUGGAACGAGCUCGCGCACGGCGACGUUUGCUUCACGAAGUCACCGACACUUUCAGCUUGAACGAAAUAGUCACUCAGGCGCGCCAGUUGGCUUCCGACCUCGAGUAUAGGCUCCAACGAUGAGCAUCAAGUAGUAUUCAU